CUUCCAUUACUGGUAACGUAUAACGUGUCAGAACUCAGAACGUGCAGGAUCCAGUAUCCAGUAGAAUUUGAUAGGAUUGCAGGUUGUAGUUUAAUCGAGUCUGAUGUUUUUCCUUCGCGUCCCUUCGUUCCUUCGCGUCAAGUGUUAAGAACCGUUUAUUUCGUCUCUUCUUGUUUUGUGAUUCUAUCUGAUUCUUUUUGAUUGCUCGACUGUUUCGAAUCGCCAUAAAUCGCCAUUCAUCGUUCAAGAUUGUCCGAGACGCCUCAACUUAUUUCAGACUUAAAUGGAUAUAGAUUGCAUCGCACGAAUCCGUGAAAUGCUCUGUGGAAUACGAAGAAAUAUUUUUCUCUUUAUUUUUAUACAAGGCACUUCGCAGAAAGAUAAAUAACGUUACAUUUCGUCUUUCAUAUUUUCAAGAAGCAUCUGGGUUUUCCUUGCUAGUACAGGAACGGAGGCUGUAAAAAAGACGUUUGAAGAUGGCAUCGCAAGAAGCACGGGAUUUUCAUAUGGCAUACGACACGCAUGAAAAGUUGAAUUGUUUAGGCGUGACAGAAAAUGCAGUUAGCUUGAAUAGCAAACAUGCUUAUAUACGAUCAUUAGUCGAUCAAGCAUUGGAGUUGAUUGAUCCUACUCCUAAUAUUCACACAAUGUUUAUGCAAUUUAAUGUAAGAUUUUUCUGGAAUGUUUUAUCUUCUGUCGAAGUCAAAUGGAGCAACAGAAUGACAAGUUGUGCUGGAGUAUGUCGCUUUCAUUCGCGUAAUAAGGAAUGUGUGAUAUCACUCAGUGCACCACUACUUAAACUCAGACCAAGGAAGGAUCUAGUAGAAACCUUAUUGCACGAGAUGAUCCACGCAUAUUUAUUUUUAACAAAUAAUGAUCAGGACCGAGAUGGUCAUGGACCGAAUUUCUGCAAACACAUGCACAGGAUAAAUAAAGAAGCGGGAACCAAUAUAACGAUUUAUCACAACUUUCAUGAUGAAGUAAAGCUGUACAAACAGCAUUGGUGGCAAUGUAACGGAUCUUGCCAAUACAAACCACCAUUCUUUGGAACAGUUCGACGAAGCAUGAAUCGUCCGCCCGGUUCAACAGACUUUUGGUGGCGUGAACAUCAACAAAAUUGUAAUGGUCAAUUUGUAAAGAUCAAAGAGCCAGAGAAUUUUAAAUCGCGUUCAAAGGAAAAUGAUAAGUCAAAGCAAAAUGAUAAGUCCAAGCAAAAUGAUAAGUCAAAGAGUACAAGAAUAACUAAUUGGUUUCCAAAGAGUAUUCCGGCAAAGCCGGAAGCUUUAUUAUACACAGCUAUAUCUACAACUUCAAAAGCCCUUAGUAAUAAUAACUCUAAAAUAUUUACUCAAACGGACAAUGUUAAGCCUAGUACUAGUAAAAAUAAUGGUCGUACAAAUUCAUAUCGCGUUGUGAAUGUGAAAUAUGAAGAUUUGUCACUGGGAAUGAAGAAGUUUGGCAGCAGUAAUAAGGUACAACAUUGGUAUACUAGUGGCCCGAGUGAAAACGCAAAGAAAGAUAAUGCAAAGAAUGUUUCUAAGUCUCCCAAGUUUUCUUGCUCCGAUGUUCUAGAAGGCAGUUAUAGUAGUCUUCUAACCAAAUUCAAACUAAAUGACGAUAAAAGUCCCCAACGUGAAUCAAGUAAGAGAGAUUCAAUCUCGAUAUCGGCUGUGGGACAAGCAGCUGCUAAUCAUUCGAUUUUAAAUCUAAGUCAACCAAGAAAUAAUUCCGUACCUUGUCCUAUAUGUAACAUACCUAUGACUUUAGAAAAUAUAUAUAGACAUAUAGAUUCAUGCCUAAUAAACGAUAAUACAUCAUUGAUUGAUGAGAUUAACAAUAAUAUUAAUAAUAAUAAUAAUAAUGAAGAGUUAAUGUUACCUAUUCGAACAUUUUCUACAUCGGUGACAGAGCAAAAUGUUGACACAAAUACAAUUUCUAAUAAGCGCUUAAAAUUCGAUAAUUCGAAUGAUACAGUUGAAUGCGUCAUUUGUCCCGUUUGUAAUAAAAGAUUGCCGGCCACGGAUAUUAACCAGCAUCUUGAUGAAUGUCUAUUAGAAGCAGAUACAGCUCGUAAAAUUGCCACUCCCUCCACUUCUCGUGCAUCAUUCGAUGAUAGCUUAAUUACUAUAAGCAAUUCCUCUAAUUCUGAUUUGGAUAAUUCUGUAUUGAUUGAGGAGCCACAACCAAGUACUAGCACUUGUAAUAACGACAUAAUGAAACGUAAAUGUUUAGUUUGUAACACACAGAUCGCACCUGAAAUAUCAUUAAAUGAACAUCUUGAAGAAUGCAUUGGAAGCGUCUUUAAUGGCGACAUAAUAAUAGAUGAUAAGGAGGACGAUAACGAUGAUAUGCUUGCUGUAGAAAAUAAUUCCACGGAAAAUAAAUAUCCCUGUCCAGUAUGUAUGCAAAUAAUAUCGGAAAAUCUUAUGAAUCAGCAUUUAGAUAUGUGCCUUAAAAAUGAAUAAAUGGUCUUGUGAACAAAAA